UAUUCACAUAAAAAUGUAUAAAGCAAUAUUGAUACUCUUGGCCUUUUAUUGCUCUGUUCUUACUGUUAGAGCUUAUGACUGCGUGAUGGAAGCCGUAGGUAUACAAGAAACCGCCACUUGUACCAUCAAAGUAGAAGACGAGGCUGAAUGUAAUAGCCAGCAUACGGCGAUGACAAUGAUGUCCGCCUGUACACUUUUGUCUGAAAAUAAGUAUGAGUGUAAUUUGAAUACUUCAUCAUUCACAAAUAGCUGCAAGGAUUUGGAUGGUAUUGCAACUUGAAGACACGAUAGUUAAUUUAUAUGCUGUCUAUUGAUUACAUUUAAUAAACUUUAUUUUACAUCAAUUCAUUCAGUAGUAGAGAAGCAAUAGGAAAGGGUCUAUAAUAAAAU